AUGAUCUCCGGGGCUAGAUACUCGUGGGUGCCCACGAAUGACAUGGACCGGGCCCCCGUCGGCUCCGCCACGAGCUCCGGGAGGGCGGCGGCGGCGCCGCCCCCGCUUCCUCUCUCGGUCCGGGGCUUCCGGGUCUUCUUGCCCUUGCCCUUCUGGGAGAAGAGCCUCGGCAUGAAGCAGACGGGCUGGAUGCAGGCCGAGGAGGGCUCCAUGCACGCCGGCCGCACGCAUAAGGCAGAGCCGCUACCGCCGCCGCCCCCGGCCGCGCUCGAGUCUGCCACGGUGCUCUUGAGCAGCGUUGGCGAGACCGUGCAUCUCAGAGAGAGAUCGAAAUCGGAGAGCAUUAUGUGGCCGUCCUCCCGGACGAGGACGUUCUCCGGCUUCAGGUCCCUGUAGACGACCCCCAGCAUGUGGAGGUACUCUAGCGCCAGCAGCACCUCCGCAGCGUAGAAUCUGCCCACGAAAAGUUCAACAAUAUGUUACUCUAUUCAUCGUCUACUAAUCCAUCCACACUAAAAAAAGUUAAAAUCUUGGCCGGAAACAGGAAGGAUGAAACUAAGCAGGCUCUCAUCAGACAUCAACUGAAAGUCAAAUCCUGGCUAAAAGUCAGCGUUUAAGAAGACGGGCCAUAUUCUCAGUACCCUUCUUCCCAAAUCCGCGGCCGCCCAAACCUAUCGACCUGGGAUGAUCAAAGAUGCUCUUAAGAACCUUGCAAAAGACUGUAGACAGGUCCCUCUGAGCCAUAUUUUCAGUGGCGGCUCUCCUCCAGGACCCUUGCCUAUCAUAUGCCAAAUCAGUGUCUACAUAAUUCUAUGAGAUCAUAUGUUUUCUUUCCCUUUUCUUUAUUGAUGAUGGAAGGAAGCAUCAAAUGUGGAUCAUAUAAACUUGAAACACUGCAAUCUACAGGAAGAUGGCAUAGAAACUCUUUCAAACCCACAGAAGAGUCAUCAUGA